AUGAACCCCUUUUCUGAGAACCUGAAGCAGCAGCGAAGCCGCCGCGAGCAUUUCUCCCGCGCCCCCGUCUCCGCUUUGCCCCUCGCUGCCGGCAACCUGGGCAGCUCGGCGGUGCUGCAGGACGAGCCGCAGCGUUCCGGGGCGGUGGCCAUCGAGAUGGACGCACGGACGAGCCAACAGCUACAGCUGAUCGAUGAGCAGGAUUCCUACAUCCAGAGCCGGGCGGACACGAUGCAGAACAUCGAAUCCACCAUCGUGGAACUGGGUUCCAUUUUCCAGCAGCUGGCGCACAUGGUGAAGGAGCAGGAGGAGACGAUCCAGAGGAUCGACGCCAGCGUGGAGGACGCGCAGCUGAACGUGGAAGCGGCUCACGGGGAGAUCCUCAAAUACUUCCAGUCGGUCACCUCCAACCGUUGGCUGAUGGUCAAGAUCUUCCUCAUCCUCAUCGUCUUCUUCAUCGUCUUCGUUGUUUUCCUGGCCUGA